UUUUGGUCGCGUCGCCUACAGUUCUAUUACGUUCCGUCAUCCUGCUGCACUGCAUCGUUCUGAAACGCCAGCGAUUGCACAGCUCAACUACAAAACUUACACUCACUUGCGUGUGUGCGUCUGUUCGUCUGUGUUUGUGUGUGUGUGUGGUUGAUUGUAGGUGUGCGCGUGUGUGAGCUAUUGAAUACUCGGAUUUGAUUCGACUCGCAAUUAACAUUGCCAGCGGAAGUCGUGAACUAUUCGCGUCGCAUUUGAGCCGCUUCCGUUAGACGACGCUCCUCUCCAGCAAGUCCUCUUAUCAAGGCGCCGCUCCCGUUGCCGUUGCCGCUGCCGCUGCCAUGAAGCGUUUGCGUUUGCCGCUCAUUGCCAGCGUUUGUCUGGUGCUGGUGUUGAUGUCAUCCUGUCUGCUUGGCAGCGCCGAUGCCAAGAAGAAGAAAUACGUUGGCGAAACUGGCGGUGAUUUUGAGUUUAUCGAUGAGAUAAACAAAAAUACGCAGGGCAACAAAAAUUUGGGUGAACGCAAGCGCUGGAUACAUGAUCCCUCAAGUGACCUUUGCCGGCCGCUCAACUGUAAGAAGCGCGAAAUUUGCCUGCUGGAGGACGAGUUCAGUGCUGUGUGCGUGUCGAAGAAGGAGCUGCACAAGAAUCGCGAUGAGAUAAUCACCAAGGCCAAAUAUUUGGAGGAGGAAGCCAAGCGGCGCGUCAAUCAGCAGGAUAACGAUAGCCAGGAUGCUGAGGAUAUCAACAACGAUGACGAGGACAACAGUAGCGACGGCGACAACAAUAAUAACAAUAACAACAGCAAGAACAACAACAAUACACCAGCCAACGUCCAGGCAAACGAGGAUAACAACGACGAUGAAGAUAAGAGCCUGAGCCUAGGCGACGAUGACGAGUCGAAAGAGGACGAUGUCUUCUAUGAGAACAACAUAGCCGCCGGCGAUAAGCAGCAGCAGCAGCUGCAAAAACCAGCGCCCGCCCAGCAGGACGAUGACGAGGAGUUGGACAACUGCAAGCCGUGUCCCGUGGCUAAGCCAACGUUCCUUUGCGGCGCCGACAACAGGACCUACUCAUCACUAUGCAGAUUGGAUUAUCACAAUUGCAUACAUUCGACAUCCAUAAGGAUCGCCUGCAAAGGAUUUUGCCCCUGCAAGGAAUCAGCCGAAGGCAAGAGACUGCAGCGACUUGGCGAGCGUGGUGGCUACAACAAAUACAACAAGAAAAUCAGCCUGGACCAGCAGCAGCAGCAACAACAACAGCAGCAGCAACAACAGCAACAGCAGCAACAGCAGCAGCAGCAGGCCUACAAGGAUAGCAACAACAACAACAUCAUGAUGAGCAGCGGCAAUGUUAUGGGCAACAAUAACAACGACUUCAAUACCAUAAUGAAUGAUAAGGAGGACAACAAUCGUCACUUUAAUCACAUCAAUGCACAGUACACGUUCACGCCCGAAGAGAUCAAAUAUGACAACAAGCACUACAAGUACCUCAAGUAUACAGCUUACAAGAAGGAUGGCAAGUACCAGGAGGAUAAGCACAAGAUGCGCAAUUACAAUGAGAACGAAGUCGUUGAAAAGCAGCCACAAAAAUUCAUCAAAAAUAACAAUCCAAGUGGCUAUCCCUCGAAGUCGGCCGAAUGCAAGCCGCAGCAGUUGACCGCCAUUGGUAAUCGUCUGCUCGACUGGUUCUCCGUGAUCAUGGCCGAUAGCAAGAAGCGUCGCCAGCAUAGCCAAAAGUCCAAGGCGCAUUUCCCACCCGCCUGCAAGACCGAGGCCAAGUGGAUGUUCGGGCAUCUGGAUCUGAACAACGACGGACUUUUGUCGCUGCAGGAGAUGUACGAUCUCGAGCACGAUCAGAACGAGCGCUGCAUCAAGCCAUUCAUUGACACCUGCGACCUGGAUCAGGAUAGCUCCAUCAAUACUCGCGAAUGGUGCCGUUGCUUCGAGAAGACCGAUCGUCCCUGUGCUGCAGUGCGCCGAAGAAUCGCCGGCGACUUUGCAGGUGAGAUAGGCGCCUACGCACCUGACUGCGAUGUCCAAGGAUUCUACAAGCCCACACAGUGCCACAACUCGGUGGGCGUCUGUUGGUGUGUGGACAAGCAUGGAGUCGAAUUCGCCAAUACACGCACACGUGGAAAGCCCAACUGCGAGUCCGUGGUGAAUAAUGCCGCCUCGCUAACAUCCGAUGACGAGGACGAGGGCGCCGACGAUGAGGACAGCGCGGAGGGCAGCGCCGAUCAGAUGCUGGUCUUUUAAGCGCAAUGGCCGCGCAGCGUAUUGGCUUAAAGGUAGUGUAUUGAUGGCCAUGGGCAAUAAUUGCCUGGAGUCCUCGAAUUCAAUCAGCGAGCAUUACUGCGUAAGCGUUAAAAAAUUAAUAUUAUUACAAAGCAAACAAGCAAACAAAAACAAAAGAAGGCAAAGCAAAAGCGAAAACCCAAUACAUAAUUGUGCAGUAGACAAGUAAGAGUUUUCGAAUAGAACUACAACUACAUAUAGCAUCGUAUACUUAGCAGCAAAAUCAACACUCGCAAAAAAUGUUAGAAGUAUGAAUAAUAAAAAAACAAAAACAAAAUACAAUACAAAGAAAUAAUAUUUGAAUACUGAAUGAAUUCCAGUGUCAUUGUUUGAUUUGCUUACGGCGAGCAAAAUGUGGCAUAGUUCAGGGCGCAUUGCACGCAAAAUUGGUAUUAAAGAGAUGCUAAAAUUAGCUUAUACACAAACCCAUUGUUCGGGGUUUAUUUACCCAAAUGAAAAAAAAAGCACACACACACACAUCUAGCAAAAUGGCACAGUAAACACUUUUCGUAAUAUCCAAAA